GUCACUCUAUAAAUGUCCCCGGGAGUUUCCGAAAUCCACACUCGGUGACUUCAACUGAACAAUGGUUAACAUGAGCUAUCACCAAUCUCUACAAAAACACACACAGACCCUGAAUCCGAAACAACCGAGGAAAAGAAAUAAUAAAAAGAAAAGGAAUUAUUGGGACAAAAUAUCGCCGCCAACCCACAUUCAAACUUGAUUGACAAGAGAGACUUUUAAAGGUCUGGUGUGCUAGGUGUGGGAGCAUAUCGUAUUGUGUCUGUGGAUAGCGACUGAUUGGUGCGAUGACUGCGGAGUGGCUGUACCCCCCUGGUGUGGGGCCGCUGUGUGGUGCAGAGUUGGAGGCGUGGUAUGAAGACCUACAGGAUAUAUUGGGCUCCGACGGAGGCGGGGCCAAACUUACGCGAGCCCCGCCUUGCUCCGAGAAGGAGCCUGAGUUUCUGGAUGUGUUGGAGAGCUGUUCGCUCACCUGGUUGACGGAGGGGCAGGUAUGGGGAGAUGGCGUGCAACGCGUUACCGACGACCCGCCGACUACGCCAACGCCUCCCCGACAGGACGACCGGAGAGCCGAUUCCGAACACGUCUCGUCCGGAGGGGACUUGCUUCCGCCGGAGUUCUUCGAGCUGCUAAGCGAAGGAGGCGUUGGGUCGGUUGAAACGAUGGUUAGCGGCGGAUACCACCUCAAUCCGCCUUCGUCUCCGGCUGUUAGCGAGGAGGAACUCCCGACCGUUCCCGACACGUCGUCCUGCUCAUCGGCGUCCCGUUCGCCUUCACUAAACUGCUCCCCGCCCGCGUCCCCUCCCGCCUCCUCGCGUCCCGGAAAGAGAAAGCGAAGCACCGACACGCUGUGCUCUCCAUCCCCCGGGAAGAAGAGCAGGAGAGAGCGCGAGCAGGAGAACGAGAGGAAAGUGCAGGAGCUAACGGAUCAGAACGAACGCCUCAAAGCCGAGAUCGAGCGCUUGGGAGAGGAGGUGCAGAGGACGAGGCGCGCGCUCAUCGAGAGACUCGUCAACACCAGGAGGUGAAGAGCAACAGGGCUGAAGCGGUUGAACAAUUGACCAUGAAAUGCACAUUUAGAAGGAGAUAAAAGACACGUGGGACGGGGGGAGAAAGAGAAGGAGGUUCACAGAGCGUCUCCCGCCGGCCGAGAGAGAAAGAGAAAGUCAGAUCAAGCCGUAGAAAAGAAAGAAUGUGGAGCGCAACGGAAAGAAACACGUCCCCGGUCAAACCUCACCCCGAACACAAUUCGAUUGGGCACAAAGAAUACAAAGCCGUUUUCAGUUGAAUUGAAAGUCAAAUGUUACAAUUUGACACUUUGAAUAAAAGAAAGAAAGAGAUUGCAUUACAUUAAUAUAAACAUCAAACGAAAAAAGAAGGAAUUAGAUGAAAAAACAAGCCUAAUUUAAUAUGUUUGCAACUAUGAUAAAUGUUACAGUUUAAAGAAUAUCACGAAUUAUAAACAAAAAUAGCAAAAGUUAAUAUGAAAUUAGAUGAGAAAAUAAAGCCUGAUUUUACACACACACACAAAAGGAAAAUUAAAAACG